AUGGGCAAAUCUGACACCUUCCUGGACCUCGUCAAGGGCCGCCGCUCCAUCUACGCUCUCUCUCAAGAGUCCACCAUCCCGGACUCCAAGGUCGAAGAGAUUGUCAAGUUCGCCGUGACAUGGGCGCCCUCGACAUACAACGUGCAGUCGGCCCGCGCCGUGGUCCUGUUCAAGGAGAACCACGCCAAACUCUGGGACAUUGUCAAGAAGCACAUGGACCAGGUGCCGCUGGACGAGGGCAUGCGGGGGUACAUGGACGGCCGGAUUGCUGGGUGGAAGGGCAGUUAUGGGACGGUGCUGUGGUUUGAGGACCAGACGGCCUUGGACGGAUUGGGGGAGAAGAACCCGAUGGUCAAGCCCAUGUUGACUGAAUGGUCCGAUCAUUCCACCGGUAUGCAUCAGUUCAUCGUCUGGACCGCCCUCGAAGCUGAGGGCCUGGGUGCCAACCUCCAACACUUCAACUUCCACCCCGGCAUCACGGCGGACAUCAAGUCAACAUUUGAUAUCCCCGAGGCGUGGAAACUCAAGGCUCAAUUGGUGUUCGGCAAGCCCACCGGCGGACCGCAGGACAAGACGUUCGAGCCGAUCGAGAAGAGAGUCGUGGUGAAGUCGUAA